GAUGAUGACUGCAUUGAACGAGGCAUACAAUCAAUCGUCGAUGAAUGGCACCCAGUCAAGACAUAUAAGGGGUCUAAGUCGAGAGGCGCAGCAAAGUACACUCACCAUUAUCAGCUGGAGAUGGGGAGGAGGCAAUCCAUCAGGUCAAGUAGCCGAAAUCGUUGAAGAAGGUAAAGCACAGGUCACGAGCAACAAAGUACGUGCUCCCCAGCAAGCGCGUACGGUAAAUCAUGAUAUCAUUGUUGUAGGGAAACACAGUGACAAGGAACGCCAAGCCCGAUGA